UUACUCCUUCCCCACACCCCAAUACCUGUUCCACAAUGUCAAGAACAAAAAAUCGUGCUCGCGAACAGGGCAGUAAGAAGCGAAGCCUUGAAAACGUCGACGGAACCGAGAAUGACCAUUCUUCGAAGCGACAGGCCUCGAAACCUCCUCCUCCUCGCAGGCCUACCGAAGUCGAUGAGACCAUUGCGAUGAUGGAUCCUGCGCUUCUCGCCGAUCAUUGUGCUAAGACGAUGCGAAAGCACAACCCGAAAAGCAGCUCUAUAGAGCUAGAAGAACAAUAUCUCCCAACAAAGGCAUUCCGAGAUACCACCAGCUUCGCCGGAAUCCAUAGCACUGGCCGACUCGGGGCUUUUCUUGAGCAAUUCACAGAGAAUGGCAAAACAGUCUUGACUGCGUGCGACGCCGAGGCAGCGCCACACACGCUCGUUAUUGCUCCUUCGGGAAUACGGGCGGCGGACCUCUACAGAGAAUUGCGCGUUUUCAAUUCAGAGCAGUCCAAGGUGGCCAAGUUUAUUGCGAAGCACAUGAAACUCCAGGAGAACGUGGAAUAUAUGCAGAAAAACAAAGUGGGGAUUGUCAUAGGGACACCUGCAAGAAUCAUGGACGUGAUAGCGGCCGGGGCAAUCAAGCCAGGCAGUGUUCGGCGGAUAGUGGUGGAUGGGUCUUAUUGUGACGAGAAGAAGAGGAAUAUAUUUGGCAUGCGUGAACUGUUUCAACCGCUGCAGGCAUUGCUGAAUCUGGAGGCUUUUCGAACUCGGUACAGCACGCAGGACCGGCUCGAAAUUCUGGUGUUUUGAGUUGCAUUAAGCAUGUUGAGAAAAUGAUUUUCUCCCUCACGAGAGAAGCUGCCGGCUCUAUGCCCACCCUCUGACCUUUUCAUAUUAAGGUGCGAGGGAUUUGGGCUAGAAUGGAUUUGAGUCCAACCAUCAGCAAUACAUAUGCACAAUCUGGAUUUACAUCUUACACGCACGUCGCCAGCUGAUUAGUUGGCCGCGUCGGAUGAGCGAGUCUGUCUAUGAAGCGCAUAUUCCAAUGGAUCAAGAUAUUGGCCCUGGCAGCAGCGACUCCAACUACCCGAGACGCAAAGAUCGCUUUGUUGAGGAACCCAUCCGACCACUGCGGAAGGUCUAGAGCAGAACUGGAUAAGAUACCUUGUCGCUUAUAAUCACGAAGAAAUCAUAUGUCGCUCGGAACUCUACUGCGAUUUCUGAAUUUGUUGCAGAUCAUGAGCAGUUCAAUGGCAGCGCCGAUGCCCAAAGGAGAGGCUGGCAUUAAAAUAGUGUUCUCGUGUUUAUAAUAGGCCUGGUGAAUAAGAUAUGAGCAUCGUUCAUGUCAGGCGAAAUCACCGGAGCAAGGUGAUUGAUCUUCCUACGGGUUUGACGGACCAAUGGGCUGUUCAGCACCAUACCCUGAUAUGUUGUUAGCACGUAGAACCACGAGGCCUGGCUUGGAAGAAGGGAAAUAUGCACCUUGAACCUUGAAAUUAACGUCGUGCCCAAAGGGACCUUUCGCC